AUGGCCCAAUCUGGAGACAAUGCCCACCUCUACGGGAUUGUGGACAUGGGGAGCAACGGCAUCCGAUUCUCCAUAACUGACACUUCUCCGUCAACCGCCCGAAUCAUGCCAACGGUCUACCAAGACCGGGCCGGGAUAUCUCUAUACGACGCGCAGUUCUCUGGCGGCAGCGGUACCAGGCUCCCAAUCCCAGCUGAGAUUGUCGAGGAAGUCGUGGGGCGGCUUAUUCGAUUCCAAGGAGUCUGCGAGGACUUCCAAGUCCCGCGGGGAAAUGUCUACGUGCUUGCCACCGAAGCAACGCGUACAGCACCGAAUUCCGAGACCUUCAGGGCCCGUAUCAAAGAGCAGACUGGAUGGGAAGUGCGUCUUCUAUCGAAAGAGGACGAGGGGCGGAUUGGCGCGUUGGGAAUUUCGAGUAGCUCGCGCGCCGUUGCUGGGCUUGCGAUGGAUUUGGGCGGUGGGAGUACGCAGAUUACGUGGGUGAUUGCUAAGGACGGAGUUGUGACUACUUGCCCCAAGGGUUCUUUUAGUUUUCCCUACGGGGCUGCGGCGCUGAGUGCCAGGUUAAAGCAGGCUAAGGUUGCUGGAAAGAAGGCUGAGAAGGCAUUAAGGGAGGAGAUGAAGGAGAAUUUCCAGAAAGCUUAUGAGGAGCUUGAGAUCCCGCAGUCUCUGAUAGAGAGUAGCAAAGCGGAGGGGAGGUUUGAUCUCUAUCUUUGUGGUGGGGGGUUUAGGGGUUGGGGGUAUGUCUUGAUGAAGCAGGCUGGGGUUAGCCCGUACCCGAUUCCGAUCAUCAACGGGUUUCGGGCCAGGAGGGAGGAUUUCCAUAACACAGCAGCCGUUCUACAUGAAGUAUCGGAUUCAGAGAAGAUAUUUGGGGUAUCGAAACGCCGCGCAUCGCAGGUUCCGGCCGUUGCUGCGUUGAUAGACGUGCUCAUGGAUGCCUUGCCAGCGAUUACGCAUAUCCAGUUUUGCCAGGGAGGUGUCCGCGAAGGCUUUCUGUUCGACAAGCUCCCACAGGAGGUUCGCGCUCAAGAUCCUCUCCUAGCUGCGACUAUGCAGUAUGCACCUCCGUCCUCGGAUGACAUCAAGAGGCUGCUCCUGUCCGCGUUGCCGAAGAACGCAUCUCCGAUUGAGUCCUCCAAACCACCUUCGUCCUUAUCCCCACAAUUUCUUGCUGCCAUCUCCAACAUUCUCUUUGCUCAUUCUCGGGUGCCUAGAGAGUCUCGUACUGCAGCUGCAUUACACAGUACAACGACAGGAUUGCUAGCCUCCACCAACAGCAUAUCCCACGCCGAGCGAGCGAUGAUGGCGCUUAUACUGGCCGAGCGCUGGGCAGGGGACCUGGCACCAACAGAGGAGGCGUACCAAAAGAACCUGAUGCAGUGUGUCUCCGCACAAGAAGCAUGGUGGUGUCAAUAUCUUGGCCGGGUUGCAGGUUUAAUUGGAGAGGUAUAUCCAGCGGGCCGCGUGUCCGAGACACACUGGAGGGUACAGGUGGAGACCGAGUGGGAUCAAGUCAUCAAAAAGAAGGAGAAACGAGAUUUGCUGCGACUCAAAGUCCAAUGGAAUCGAGACACAGCGGCGACGUCGGGAAUCACAGAACACUGGUUGUGGGAUCGAGUGGAGAAGGUCGAGAAAGCUGGGAAGAAGAAGAGCUGGGUCCGGGCGUAUGGGGUCCGGUUGGACGUGGUCGUGUGUUAG